AUGAAGCUAUGGACUUUAAGGCUAGAAGGUCGUGACAGACCAGUUCACGUAGAAUACACACAAGGAACUUCAGUGCAAGCAGUUCUGGAACGGGCUUGUAGAACCCUAGGAAUAUACGAUUCGUGGAACUAUGCUCUUUACAGUUUAUUGUUCAAGAGUUGGUUAUGCGAGUCACAUCUUUUAUCAUCAUAUCCAGCUGAGGAUACAUUAAUUGUACGAAAAAAGACUCCACAGUAUUUGGAAUUAACGUACAAUGAGGAAAAUCCAAAAAAGCGCUCGAUGCCAACAACAUCACUAAGCCCCAACAUUCAACCCACAAAGCGACGCGGGAUAUUCAGUCAAAAAACAUGCUUGAAAACACGAUAUCAGCAGGAAACGAUUUAUCUCUCUGCGAUCCUCUUCACAAGCGACAGCAAAAUACUGAUAACAUCCGGAUCGAGAAUGUUUCCCACAGUGGAAGUGAUCCGUGAUCAACGAAUCUUUGGAAAUUUUGAGACAGACUGUGAGGAGUUCUCGCUUGCACUUCGUACGUCGUUGGAUUGGACGACAUCCACGGAUUUCGAUAAAGAUGAUAAUGCUAGUGAUACGGAUUCUAUACAUUCUGCACAUUCAAAUGAUGGUGGUAGUAAUAGUAGCAAUCAUAAUAAUGAAGAAUAUGUCGCUAGUGAGCAAGACUCUAUGUGGGCGCGUGCAUUUGGCCAAGCUGUUGUGAAACUGAAAAGUGAAUUAUCAUUAGACACGUUGGGCACAUUAUAUGAACAUGUAGUCCCGAUGUCCUCAUCAAAAUCGAAAUUUAUUGUCACCAUGCAACAUAUUCCACAGCAAUUCAAAGAUGACAUUGCCCCGGACUUGAUCAAAUCUGGAAUACUAAAAUGGAAAAAUUUUGACGAGGCAAGUUCGAUUUACUCAAAAGAAGGGCAACCCGUCUGGACAAAUUACAUUGAAAAGUGGUGUUCACGACAAUCAAAGUUGUCACCCGGUUUGUACCUAGGAGUACUGUACACCGAAAGCACACUUCAAGGAAUCAGAGUAUUAGUCCCAAAAGAUCGUAAACAAUUCAUCCCAUUGGAAAAAAUUCGUGACGACGCAAAUAUCACGCCGGAAGAAGCAUCGUGGGUGAAAUCGCUGACUUGUCUGAGUCCCGAUUGUUUUAUGGAUUUGGUGGGGGCUGCGGCUGAUGACCACCACUCGUCUUCUCAUACGUCAUCAUCAUCAACCACUUUUGGCAGAUUUCAGACGUCAUUUAUGGAUUCGUAUCAUAAAUUACAGCUUGACACGAAUCUUACGUGGGACUCGCAUGAUAUUUAUUGCGAGCAAACGGUCGAUAUUUAUUUGGAUUUGCAGAAUAAUCAAAUGUUUACGAUGAUGGGUGAAUUAGAUGAUAAUAUCGAGGGACAUAACAUGAAUACGUCUGCAUUUACCGAAAAUACUCCUUCGUCAUCAAUGAAUACAAAUAAUAAUACUCAUUAUCACCAGUUACAUUCUUCAUCAUCAUUAUCAAGAAGUGAAAAAAUAUCAAGAAAAGAAAAAAGAAGAUCGUUGCCGUUCAUGAAUAAAAGUGAAAAAAGAAAAACAGCACCAGCCAUUUUGGCACAUGCAAUAAUUCCGUCGUUUUCUGAUGCACCGCCGUUACCCGGCGUACAUCUUAUUUCUCUUGAUAAUGAUCAUCAGAAUCAGGAUCAUCAAAAAGAACGACAGCAGCAAAUAAAAAAUGUUGACAUUGAAAUUCAAGGGGAUAUAAUAAAAAAUGGAAAUCAAAAUGAAAUUCAAGAAUCAUGUUCACCAAAAGAUCAUACUGAGGAAGAACAAAAUAAAGACAAUGAAGAAAAUGUUAAAGAGAAUGAUGCAAUUACUGUUGACAUAAUUUCAAUAACGCCUGCUGCAGUCACACAGGAAAACAUCAAAGCUAUCAACGAAUCAUCUGGUCAAGACGGCAGUACAACGUCGAAUUCAAACGAAGAUGAAGUUGUAACUGCGUUAGAAGAAGGAUCAGCCGGCGAAAUGGAAGUUGGAACGUUAGAACUAGCGGAACCUCGGUCUAAGGAUGAAGAAGAAGAAGAAAUCAAUUCAGCAAUAAAAACCUCUGAUUCAACAGGCGGCGCUACAUCCAUAGCCGGUGAAACAACUUCCACAACAAUAACAAGCACAGCCAACGGAUCAUUCAAUACCGCAGCAAAUUCGAUGAAACCAUUCAUCCGCGUAAUCUUAAUAGUCAAACCAAUGCGACAACCUCACCAAAUCCGCGAACCAUAUCGCUCUGGUCUCUGUAUUCUCUACCCAUUUCACUUAUUCGACGCGCUCCAACACGCCACAUUCAAUGCAUGCCUAUACGCUUCUUCCCGCCGCGCAAUGCAAAUCCUCCAAGCCUCAAAAGUCUAUUUCACACAAGACCUUGUGCGAUAUUUACAAAGUUUAGACAAUUUCUGCGAAGUGGCUGAACAGAACGUCGAGGAUUAUUUUUUUGAACCGGAUGAUUUCCAAAAUGUCCCGGAGGAGGUGAGGAAGAUACAACAAGCGUUAGAGAUUAUCAAGGGCGAGAUUAAUGGGUUGAAGGUACAGUGGAAUGCUGUGUCGUGGUCGAUGACGGUUAUUGAGUGGGAUCGUCAGCGGACCAUGCAGUCGUAUAGUUUUGGUAUGAGACCUAAUGUGUAUUCAUCGACGGGUAGCGGAAGACAUGGAACUGGAAGUGGUAAUGGAAGUCGUGCUGCAUCGGUUUAUAAUAUGAAAACUGAUGAGUCAACUGAGUCUGAUGGUGUGAGUAUGUCAGCAACAAUACGACCUUCCGAUACAGCCGCACAAGUUGAAUAUUUACGUGAUAUGAUGUUACACGCGCCAGAUCGUGCAUGGCACCAAAUACGUGCGAUCGAAGCACCAAUACCAAUAAUCAACGCUGACGGAACAAGUUCACGUCCAGGGAAUAAUGGCAGAUCAUCAUCGUCGUCCUCUUCAUCAAACAACACAACAAGACCUCGCCUCCCAAUAGGACCACUGCUAACCCAAUUCUUUGCCACAUCUCGCGUUCUUUCAUUAAACCCAACGACACCAAUAAUCAAUCGCUUAUCGAAUUCAUCAUCUAUUGAGGACUCUUCUGAAUACUCACCAAUACCAAGACGCCAACGAUCGUCGUCUGUAUCAUCCAUAUCAUCUGUUACGUCUACGAAGUCAAUGAAGUCUAAUACGCCUAUACGAAAGAAGUCAGCAGGGCAUCGGUUGAUGCGUACCCUUGGCUUUGGAAAUAGCAUUAAUAGUCAUGGAUCAAAUGAGCAACCACUGCCUGAGCCCCCUGUCCCGCAGAUUUAUAGUACUAGUAGUGGUGGCAUUAGUAAUGUUAAUAUUAAAGAUAAAAAAGCCACGAAACGCAAUAAUUCCAAAAUAAAGAAAAAUACCAUUGAAGACAAUUAUAUUUUCGCUGAUGAUGGAAAUGACAAUGCUAGUAUUAAUAAUACUAAUAUUACUAAUAUUGAUGAAAAGAUAUCACCACAACAGCAACUACCAGUUAAUCAAGAGAAUGUUGUCAUAAUUAGUACACUUGAACCACCGAUUGCUACUCCUCCACCGUUGACUCCGCUUACUCCUACCUUUAUAAUUAAUACUAAGGAAGAACAAGCUGCUGAGGAAAUCAAACUUGAAAACAGUAAUGUUAACAAUAAUGGUGGAGAAGAGUUAAGAACGAAUAUUACAUUAUUAUCGUCAUCCGAAAAUGAUAGCGCUAACAAUAACAAUUUGAUAGUGACGUCGCUUAAUAAUAAUAAUCAUCAUCAUCAUCAAGAACAACCAUUGAUUCCUAUUACAAUCAUCGCAGCUCAACACGCACGCAUUUCGAUGAUCUCUAACUCUGAUUCGUUUUCUUCUGAGGGGAGUAAUCGAAUGUCCACUUUUUCAAAUGACACUGUAGCCACUACGGAUACUUCAAUUUCAACUACUUCGUUUGAUGACCAAGAUGUGUCGUUGAUGUCUAAUAUAAACGUUGAAAAACAGCAGGAACAAAAAUCAGAAAAGUCUGACCAUAACAAUCAUGAACAAGAUAAAGAACAAGUUGAUUUUAUUGGUGUUUCUGAAUCAGAAUCCAUGGAAACAAAGAACUAUGAGAGUGAAGAAAGUAAUGUUGUUAUUGAAGAAGAAGAUGAAAAUGAUGAAAUACUUUCUUCUUUGGAACUAACUAAAGAAAAACCAAGGCUCUUAGUGACGGCAGAUCUUUUAGUGGCUAGUUCCGAGGAAGAAAUUUUGUCUGUUGAAGAUGAAUUUGAUUCUAAAUCUGCGAUAACAACGACUACAGAUGUUGCUGUUCUUGAUCAGAAACAUCAUCCUAUAAUUGCAGAAGAAAAAUUGAUGAUUGAAGACUCAUCAACGGAACCAAUUGUCGAUGAAGAAAACGUAAAGGGGCAACAAGAAUUAUUGACAGAAAAUGUUGUACCUACCGAAAAACCAAUUGAAUCAACAAAAACUGACCAAGAAACUGUCAAUGAAUCCGAGACAUCAUUAGGUAUCUCAGAAUUGACGUCAUCAUCUGAGAAUAAUAAUAUCGAUGAAGUAAGAAACCAUGAACAAUUUUCCGCUAAUAUUGAAGGUGAUUACUUAUUAGCAGAACUAAUUGCUACUGAAUACGAUGACUUGAAAACCACAACAAAGGAUUUACCACUUCUUCCGAAAGAUCCAGAUACGGAUAAUGAUGAUGAUGAUAGUGAAAAACAACUACCACCUAUUCCAACAGAGGAUUCAACUUCUACCAACUCUACAACAACCUGUUCUACAACUUCUACCCCUGAGCCUACAUUACAAUUACCAUCAUCAUUAACAAUCUCAGAUACUAUCAUCAUUGACCCAUCUUCAUCGGACGGUCCAGAAAUACUAACAUCCCCCAUUUUUGAAGAUCCGAAGUUACAAACUUUCACGGAGGAAUUAGCAGGAGUGACACUCGCUGAGGAGUUAUUACGCGUAACACUUGCGGAAGAGUUGUCGCGUGCUAAUGCUGCUGCUAAUAUUAAUAACGCUUCUUUGGUGAUUGAAAAGAGGAUACCAUCUCUUAGUAAUGAUAAACCCGCUACUUCUACAUCGUCUACAAACAUUACUAUUUCAUCUACAAAUACUAUCACAAGACCAUCAUCCACACUCAUAUCCGAAGAAAAGACCACAAGCAAUAGUAAACCGAUGGCUCUAUUUUCAGAAACUAGCAGUAGCAGUGGUAGACCAUACGUGAAUGUAAAUGAAGAAGUCAAAAAAUUGGCAAGUGUAAUUGCUGAAGUUAAGCAAUCGGCGACAUUAAUUGCCGCACAAGUUAAACCAGUGCAACAACAAUGCGCCCCAUCACUACCGACUUCAAAGUCGCUGUCCAUGCAACAACAACGAGAACAGCAAAGGGACCGUAUUAAACAAACACCGAAUUUGAUUGCAGGUCAAAAUAUGAAAUUGAGACCCUUGACGCUUUUAGAAGAACUGGAAAAAGAUUCUUAUUUAUCAUCGUCAACACGUAAUUCUUCAGCUCAUAAAAAUAAUAGUAACAUCAGCCAUACUAAAUUACCAUCACCACCAAUCUCAACAGAAAAUUCUCCUGCUUCAACUCCUGAACCACUUUCUCGAAAUAAUAAUUCAUCCUCAGAUAUUCCUCCACUUCCAGAUUCACCGGUUACGACGGCAAUGACUGCAGAAUUUUCACCACCUUCCUCCAGAUCUUCUACGCCAACUACAUCAAAGACAAAACACCACUCGCCAAGAAAUUCGCAAUCGCUUAAAGCUCCGUCGCUGCCACCUCCAACUUCAAAAUGGCACUCACGAUCUACUUCUUCAGGAACUCAACAACAAAGUGGGGAAAAAAGAUGGCCAUUACAAAAGCGCCCGUCAAAAAUUGUUUUGCCUUCACAAUUAACUCCUCCGACACUCCCAAUUCCACUAUCAAAAUCCGCCCCAACUACACCCUCAUCUCGUAUUUCUUCACGUAAUCACAUUCCUCCGCCGUUACCUUUACCACCACUUCCUGCUCGUUUGAGUCCUCCACCCUUGCCAUUACCCCCAACUUCACCGAAUAGUGGUGGAGGAUCUAAAAUUCCACUUCCUUCAUCAUCUUCAAAUUCGAAUUCACGGAAAAACUCCCAAACACCAAAAUCUCCAUUAAAUUCACCUCCUGCUACCACAAUUCCAGGCCCAUUUUCCUCCACGCAAACAAAACCAGCUACCCCGGCAAAAAUCAAUUUGGGUUCAACAUCGACGACCACGACGACAAGAAAUCCACCACCGCUUCCGCUUCCUCCUGCUUCUUCACGAAUAACACCAAGCCCUUAUGUUCUCUCGCAGCAGACGCCACGUGUAAAUCCUCCACCACUGCCUUUACCUCCUGCAUCACCAUUUUUUGUCAAAUUAAAGAAAUCUGCUGCUGCUGCCUCAUCGUCAACAGGAACAAACGUGGAUGAGACAACAAGGCCAACGACUCCAAGAACUUUGUCGUUAAGAAAAUCUGAACAAAUGAUUUCAGAAAUAAGUGAAAAUGUUCAAGAACAACAAAGAUCACUGUUUCGAUACACUCGAGCACGUGCAAAAUCGUUGGCUGAAGGAUUGUCAAAAAGACAAGUUCCAUCAUUCGAUAUUAAUUCACUGCUUCCAAAUAAAAUAAUCGAUAGUGUUAAUAGUGAAAAUCAUGAGAUACGAAGACGUGGAAGUGCUGCGUCGGAUCGUGGGUGGAGGAGACCAAGUGUCGCUGAAGCAAAUAGUGGAAUACCCGUGUUCUCAGCGUUUGCAAAAAAUAACGGACCAUCAUCAUUACUGACAAAUGACAUUAUUGAUAACAAUACUACGACUAAUAAUAAUAAUCAUAAUCAUAAUAUUGUUGAAAAUUCUACAUAA